AAACUACAAAGACACUCGAUUGUCUUGUGAAGAGGGUUUGAAUUCUCAGUGCGUAGCAGUAGGUAACAUACUCUGUAUAUGGAAUUCAAUAGCAUAUCAUAGCAUAGCAUUUUCGAUGGCUUUGUGUACUACUACUGUUUCACCACCAAACUUUCUCCAAACCCAAUCUCUCGCUCCCAAUUUCAACUUCAAUUCCCAAACCAGAAAACUCACUCCUUUUUUGCCGCGCUCUUCCUCAUCCAACGGCUACCCCUCUACUUCUUCUACAACCACAACUGAACUGAAUAAAUCCUUCCCAGGCAAACCAGAGGCAGACAUUGUUGUAAUUGGGAGUGGUAUUGCUGGACUGUGUUGUGCGGGACUUCUAGCUAGAUACGGACAAGAUGUGUUAGUAUUAGAAAGCCAUGAUGUACCUGGAGGUGCUGCUCACUCAUUUGAAAUCAAAGACUACAAAUUCGACUCUGGUCCAUCUUUGUUCUCUGGAUUUCAAUCAAGAGGUCCUCAGGCGAAUCCUCUUGCACAAGUUCUGGAUGCAUUGGGCGAGUCAAUUGUGUGUGCCAAUUAUGACUCGUGGAUGGUAUACAUACCUGAAGGUGAAUUCCUAUCACGCAUUGGCCCUACAGAAUUUUUCAAGGAUCUUCGGAAGUAUGCAAGUCCGAAUGCUGUGAAAGAAUGGAGAAAACUUCUUGACGCGAUACUUCCAUUGUCUGUAGCUGCUAUGGCUCUUCCUCCUCUAUCUAUCCGAGGUGAUAUAGGUGUUCUUUCCACUGCUGGAGCUAGAUAUGCCCCCUCCCUCCUGAAAUCUUUCGCCCAGAUGGGACCUCAGGGAGCUCUUGGUGCUACAAAGCUUCUCAGACCCUUCUCAGAAAUCAUUGACUCAUUAGAGCUAAAAGAUCCUUUUAUUCGAAAUUGGAUUGAUCUUCUGUCUUUCUUGCUCGCGGGGGUGAAAUCUGAUGGUGUACUAUCAGCAGAGAUGGUUUACAUGUUUGCAGAAUGGUACAAGCCAGGUUGCAGCCUGGAGUACCCUCUUCAUGGAACUGGGGCAGUUGUUGAUGCUCUUGUCCGCGGAAUACAGAAGUUUGGUGGACAGAUCUCUCUCAGGAGUCAUGUGGAAAAUAUUGUUGUUGAAAAUGGUCGAGCUAUAGGUGUGAAGCUAAGAAGUGGUAAAUUUGUGCGUGCUAAGAAGGCUGUUGUUAGUAAUGCAUCUAUGUGGGACACAUUGAGUUUAUUGCCUAAGGAAGUCGUGCCAAAGGCAUAUCAGGACAGGAUUAAAACGACCCCACAAUGUGAAUCAUUCAUGCAUCUGCACCUGGGCUUUGAUGCAGAGGGUAUACGCGAGGACCUGGGAAUACAUCACAUAGUUGUGAAUGAUUGGGAGAGAGGAGUUGAUGCUGAUCAGAAUGUUGUUUUGAUAUCUGUACCUAGUGUACUUAGUCCGGAUCUUGCACCCCGUGGGAAACAUGUCUUACAUGCCUAUACACCGGGAACUGAACCAUUUGGACUUUGGGAAGGACUUGAUCGUAGAAGCACCGAGUACAAAGAACUCAAAGCUAAGCGAUCUGAGGUAAUGUGGAGGGCUGUGGAACGUGCACUAGGUCCAGGUUUCAAUCGCGAGAAGUGUGAGGUGAAGUUGGUCGGAACUCCAUUGACACAUCAAAGGUUUCUUCGAAGGAAUAGAGGAACGUAUGGGCCAGCGAUACAAGCCGGUAAAGACACUUUUCCCGGACAUUCAACGCCAAUCUCACAGCUUUACUGUUGUGGCGACUCUACAUUUCCCGGCAUUGGAGUCCCGGCAGUUGCCGCUAGUGGUGCCAUUGUUGCCAACUCGCUUGUUUCUGUUUCUCAACACUCGCAACUUCUUGAUGCCGUAGGAAUCUGAUGACAUUUCUUAGCUUAAUUUAAUGUUGCUCCUAAAUUUUCAUCAUUUUAUUGGAGCUUCGUUAAUUAAUGUUGUUUAUUAUUUUCUCAGAGAGACAAACAAUCCUUGUCUGGCAUUGUAAUUUGUACAUUCUUUUCAAACACACUGAAUAAAGUGCCUUCAGCUAUUGUAAAGCAGAAAAAAGAACAUUCUUAUUAGUAAGAAGUUAACAUGAAACUCAUCACUGAUAUUAACUAA